GAGUUGGUAACACUGAGUGAAAGAAAAAAUAGAAAAUACAGAAAUUAAAAAGAAAACUGCUGUGAAUUGUGAUGUGAAUAUUUCAAUUUCGCGUGUUUAUACUUUUUUAGUUAGUAAUAAUAAAUUGUUAUUAUUUAAAUCCGUCAGUGAUUUCUGAUUAGUGAUCUGAUUAAUGAUUUCUUGUAAACCAUAGUAGGUACCACAACUUAUCUACAAACAAUUCUAUAAUCGACGAAAGUCACAAUGUUUGAUCACAUGGCGCACCCUAACUCUGCUCCCAGUCAGCCACCACCACCACAGAAAGUCCUGCGGUUUGACAAGGCUUACCUAAAGUCUCUUCCAGGAAUCCUGAAGAUUGUUGUAUUGAUAUGCAACAUAGCUGGUUUCAUAUGUAUCAAGAUAUCCUGGGCGUUCAUAUCGGCGAUAUUCUACAACAUCCUGUACUGGGGCGGCAACAUCGUCACGGGCUUCCUGCUGCUCAUGUACACCUUCCACUUUGUGGAGAAGUACGACCGGCUGCCGUGGCUCAAGUGCGAGUUCGUGUACUGCGGCGUCAUGUGUCUGGCGUUCGUCGGCACGUCCAUAUUCGCCACCACGCUGGGCGAGAGCACGGGCUACGCUGUUGGGUUCUUCGGUUUAUGUUCAAUCAUAGCUUUUGGGCUCGACUGCUUCCUGAAGUACAAAGCAUGGAAGAGAGGACUGCCGCCGCAGUGACAGAUAUACUUAGCUAGUCUGUUGUGUGAGGACUUCUGUCUGACAAAGUGUACCUAUAGACGAACUGCAGAAGUGAGUCCUCGACCGCGCGCUACAGGGCCGCCGUGCUAUGACAUUACACUGUGUCCGAAGAUACAGUGUUUUGUAGUGUGUCUCAUAUAUGAGGUCUUCGCACAUGUUUACAUAUGUACCUAUACUGGCAUUUACCGCAUUUUUUAAUCAUAAAUAUUUUGUUGGAUGAAAUAUGGACAUCACAUCAUCACAUUAUAAUAUAAAUGCAACAUCACACACAAAAACGUAGUAAAUAGAUAGGUACCUCAUAUAAAUGUACAUUCAUUGUACAUUCAUUAUAUGUUACAGAAUUACCCACAUUUAAGUAUUAAUUGAAAUUGAACUUAAUAAUCAUUUAAUUAAGGUCUUUUUUAGCCCUAUUAUUGUAAUCAAAUAUACUAAAUAUAGAUGUUACAGAUAAAAUAGUUAACAUAUAAAAGAUGAAAAACCUUAAGUUUUCCCACCUUAAAAUAACCCAAGAUACAUUUUUAAAAAGUUAUUUUAUGUAGCUACUUAGAUUUAAGUGUUUUUGUCACAGACUUUUUUUUUUUUUAAUUUUCUGAUAUAUAUUAGAUAUAUAUAUCAGAAAAUUAAGUUUAAUUUUUGUCCCUGUUUGAUAAUUUGCUGUUUUAACCCCAAAAGUAUUAUAAUUUUACUUUGUCAUCAUUUCAUAGUGAAAGUCUGUCACCAAUAUAAAUGUGCCUAGAGCUGGAACAAUGUGAAUUAGCUUUAAGUAUUACAAUAUUUUUUUAACUUUUUAUAGUAUUUACCUAUAUAAUACACAGCUAUUAUUCAUAUGAAUCGUUUGAUAUAGUAUUUUAUACUAUUUUUGAUCCAAACUUUACUUAUUUUUAAUUUUAUGUUAAGUAAAAUCGAAACGGAAUGGUGGUAAGUAAAGUCGAAAACUUAGAAUUAAAGUUACGGAGGUUUCAAAACCCCAAUAAUAUAAGAGCUCAAAAUAAACCUUGACUGAGUUUGUCGUGGGCUCUUCUCGGGCGCGAAACCCUCGUACGAUAAUUUAAAGUUUUCCACUUUACUUACCACCAUUAAAUCAUGACAAAUUGGCGUUUCAAAAGUGCUUGUAAGCCUAAUUGAAUUAAAUUUAUUAGUAAACGCGUCGAAAACAGGUACAAUGAAACAAUAAGUUUUAGAUUUUAAUUAUGUACAUACCUAUUGAAAGGAUGUUAAAGGAUUCAUGAUAAAUAUAGUAGGUAUACCUUAACUUAUAUGAUAAGAGAAUUUGAAAUCAAACGAAUUUGAAAUUGACUAACGAAAUUAUUGUGCCUUUGCAAAUGUAGAUUAAUACGACUAAUAGAUAUUUUAAUACUUAAUACCUGUACAUUGAAAUUAUAUUUUAAUAAAUUAUAUUAUAUAUUUUUUUAAGAUACUAUUGAAUUGAAAAAUUAAAAUUGAAAAGUUUAAUGACCCCUCGCGCCGUCAAUUUUAUGAAAAAAUUCAGGGUUGUGAAUUGUAUAUCUGUAUUGCGCUGUUGUGUAAUCCAACGCUUCAUAACCAGAAGGCCAUGGGUUUACUCCUCAGUAUUUAAGAAAAUGGCUAUAAUAUGUAUUUCUUAAUUGAGUCAUGUCUAUUAAAUACAAACAAAACAUGUAAUGUUAUCAUUUAAGUAAACGUUUUUGUAUAGUUAUUUAACUUAUAAUUUGCUUUUUAUACUUUUUUUAAUAAGAACUUCGUUCCUGAUGGGGGACGUCUGACUGCACAAUUUUGUUUUGUAUGUAAACUUAUUACUUAAGACUUAAAAAUAUUGUUAUGUGAAACCAUAAUUUAUUAUAGGCACUAAUAUUGUUACAAUUGUUAUAACACCAUUGUUACCGUAAUAAAUGAAACACAUUAAUA